AUGGACGGAGAAGAAGUUGCUGCUUUAGUUAUUGAUAACGGUUCUGGUAUGUGUAAAGCUGGUUAUGCCGGUGAUGACGCCCCAAGAGCUGUUUUCCCAUCAAUUGUUGGUAGACCAAGACAUCAAGGUAUCAUGGUCGGUUUAGGUCAAAAAGAUUGUUACGUUGGUGACGAAGCUCAAUCAAAAAGAGGUGUCUUAACUUUAAGAUAUCCAAUUGAACACGGUAUUGUUAACAACUGGGAUGAUAUGGAAAAAAUCUGGCACCACACUUUCUACAACGAAUUAAGAGUUGCCCCAGAAGAACACCCAGUUUUAUUAACUGAAGCUCCAAAAAAUCCAAAAUCAAACAGAGAAAAAAUGACUCAAAUUAUGUUUGAAACUUUUAAUGUUCCAGCUUUUUACGUUUCUAUUCAAGCUGUUUUAUCAUUAUAUUCAUCAGGUAGAACUACUGGUAUUGUUUUAGAUUCUGGUGAUGGUGUUACUCACGUUGUUCCAAUUUAUGCUGGUUUCUCAUUACCUCACGGUAUUUUAAGAGUUGAUUUAGCUGGUAGAGAUUUAACUGAUCACUUAAUGGGUAUCUUAUCCGAAAGAGGUUAUUCAUUCUCAACCACUGCCGAAAGAGAAAUUGUUAGAGAUAUUAAAGAAAAAUUAUGUUAUGUUGCUUUAGAUUUCGAACAAGAAAUGCAAAUUUCUUCUCAAUCAUCAGCUAUUGAAAAAUCUUAUGAAUUACCAGAUGGUAGAGUUAUUACUAUUGGUAAUGAAAGAUUUAGAGCUGCUGAAGCUUUAUUCAGACCAAGUGAUUUAGGUUUAGAAGCUGCUGGUAUUGACCAAACUACUUAUAAUUCUAUUAUGAAAUGUGACGUUGAUGUUAGAAAAGAAUUAUAUGGUAAUAUUGUUAUGUCUGGUGGUACUACUAUGUUCCCAGGUAUUGCUGAAAGAAUGCAAAAAGAAAUUACUGCUUUAGCUCCUUCUUCAAUGAAAGUUAAAAUUAUUGCUCCUCCAGAAAGAAAAUACAGUGUCUGGAUUGGUGGUUCUAUUUUAUCUUCAUUAUCUACUUUCCAACAAAUGUGGAUCUCAAAACAAGAAUAUGAUGAAUCUGGUCCUUCAAUUGUUCAUCUUAAAUGUUUCUAA